AUGGCGCCCAUCCAGCGCCUUCCCUUCGAACUGAAGGAGCAGAUCGCUCGCGAGUUCUGCGACUUCGACCUAUACGACCAACGCAACUACCGAAUCGACCCUUCUGGCGAUAGCUUUCUCAACGGCCACACGUAUGAGUGGAAGCCGUUACCGGAAGCAGGCGGAAAGCCCCAGCUGAGCUUUCAGCCAGUUUACGACGAUCUGCGUGCGCUUUCACUCGUUUCGAGGAACUUCCGGGACCCGGCCCAGCGCGCGCUCUUUUCCAUCGUCAUUUUUGGGGAGCCUACGACAUACUUCAAGCUUCUCCGAAGCUUACUCGAGGCCCCCGACACCAGGUCCUACAUACGAUGUCUCUUUGCUGUUGCGGUUCGCAAUCCUGAGGCUGAGCAGCGUCACCAUGAGAUAGUAAAGUCCUGCUGCGCUGACUUUGUUGAGAUACUCGGUCCCAUUGUUGUCUCAAACUCCUAUGACGGCCUUCGGAACGGACGUUACUUCUACGGGUUCAAACAUCGAAUACUGCUACACGGCGAUACCGUUUCCUCUUCCCCGGACCGCAAAGUAUCCGACAUGCGCUUAAGACGGGAUUUUGCCAUACUAGUCAAGGAGGUUUUGCAUAGUAUCCUUCAGCUCUGCCCAUCACUAAAAGCUUUUCACCUGCAUUACAGCCAUUGGUCUUCUGGAAAACAUGAAGAUCCAUGCGCAUUCUGGUCCCUCGAAGAGAGAGGCUGGGCUUGCAUAAGAUUACUCAAAGAUCGCCCUUUACUCACCACAUUAACGAUCGACGUUCGCGCUGUGCGUGGUGUUCUUAACCUCGCCUGGAAUGCUAAGUCUAGUCAAUAUCCUUCUACCAUUGAACAUCUCACACUCAUUGGCUCUACAACCAAGGAACUUACGCACGACAUACUGGUUUUUGAUCAUGUCUUCGCUUGGGUAAGCACCAUUACCAGGCUGAAAACGCUCCGAAUUUGGAACGGGUUUGGCAAUAGAACUUUGUUAACUACCCACAAUUGGAAUACCAUCCUGCGCAAAUUCAAAGCUACCCUGGAGCAGCUUGUGGUGGAUGGUGCUGGGUCGCUACUCCAGAUGACUCCCUCGGAAAUCAUCGGGCCACGGGCAUACCAGCAGGUGGAUCGGUUUGGUCCAAGUGGUAUCCUCGCGUGCCUGCCAGAGAUGGAGAAACUCAGAUACCUGAGUGUUCCGAUACACUAUCUCAGGAGAUGCCCAGAGGGAAAGAACCCACUUGAGAUUCUGAUCAUGCCUAACGAAGGCCAAGAUGUCCGCCAGGUUGUGGAAGCGGAUGUAAAGUUUCCGAAGUCACUGGAGAGGGCUGAAGUUAUGAUGGUUGAGCAAGUACAGAAUUACAGAAUCACAGAGGUCAAGGCUCUGAGGAUCGAUCUGGGCAAAGGGGCCACACAGCUGGAGAAAUACAAGCAGCUCUCGAAUGCGAUGGAUCAUGACUCAAGUAGACGACUCAGAACUAUGCAAUUGCUGAAAAGCUUGCUUCUUUACCCUAAGAACAGGCGGUACAUUCGGUCUCUCUUCGUUACCCGCAAGCCCCAUUCCCAAACGGGCUAUCUUGCUGAGGAGAUUCUGGUGCAGUUCAUUCGUGUAUUGCGUCCCCUUGUCUUAACAAGAAGGAUCGAUGAACUUUAUGACGCAAGCUUUUUCCGCGGAUUUGAGGCCGGUCUUCCACUGGGCCCACCCAAUCCCAAUGAGGUCUGUGAUUGGCCCCAACCGCGGUUUGGCCCCACAAGGAUGCUAUCCUGCUUGGAAGAGUUUAAGAAGUUGGCCUACCUCAAGGUGCCGUUGCACAUGCUGCGACAAGACUACCCCAAGCUUUGUGUGCCGAGAGGGGGACAGAAUGUCUUGGACCUCGUCCAGGCCAAACUCCCAGAGGGGUUGAAGAGGGUGGAUAUUGUGGUAGUCAAAAAGAAGGUGGUAGAAAGGUACGGUGGCUACGAUGGAAUCGACUCUACCAAGACCUUCCAGGUUCGGCUUUAG